AUGCGGAUAGCGGAAAACCUUAGAAGAGUACACCUUAACGCAUCGAUCCUCUUUGUUACAUCCGGUAUCCCCAGCCGGCCACCCACUCCACGUCAGUUUGGGUUCAUCUGGCUUCGACCGCCCAACAAUCAGAGUUCGCCCUCCAGCGUCUCCAAUGUCACCCAGCGCACCCAGCUGGCCCUGGCUUCUGCAGCUCUUGAGCAGUGCUCACUCCUCUUUCCUCAAGAUCUCGCCUGGCAGUCAACCAUUGGACGUCUGCGAUUUGCCCACAUGACACAGCUCUUCUUACGCACAAUUGCCACUCAGAAGACGCCAACAAAGGUUAGCUACAAAAAAAAUGCCGGCGUUAGAAUUUCAUUUAUAUAG